AUGAAGUUGACGUCUUUCCUUCUUUUUUGGAUUCUUGGCAGCUGGUCGCCUUUCGUCGCAAACGCCGAUCAAAGGGCUCAAGUGACGUUGACAUUGGUCGAGUUUGAGGAUCUCUACUCCACUGCCAAACUCAAGGAUGUUUACCGAAAACUGCAAGACCAGAAACAACGAAAUCAUGAUGAACAUCUGAGCAAGUUGGAACAACUCAAACAGCAACACCAGCAAGAAAUCUUUCCUACAAACUUCCAGGUCCUCGAGUACGCCGCCAUUGGAAACUACAAUGCUACCGCUGCCACGAGCACCACGGACGAUAAUAACAUGGCAGUUUUCGACAUGAAAAUGACAAUUCGCGUCAUGGGAGAUGAAAGCCCAACAAACGAAGAUGCAAAGAAGAAUCAACGAUGGACUAAAGUGCCGUUAGUGUCCAAUACCACCGUGGCUUCCGAUUGGCAAGUGGAAUUCUUGGAAGAGACGGAUGGCUCCACUAAUACUUUUACAUUGGUUGAUCCUGUCACCAGCCCGGAUGUCUUGCUGCUCCGUGACAACAGUCAGGCCAUGGAACUCGCCACCUCUCGGUCUGGUCUCUUUCGGAUUCGCUACCAAGCCUAUCGUCGUGUUUUGCAAUCCAGAAACAACAUUCACGAAAUGGUCAUGAGUCAGUUUCUCUAUCCUCUCUCAGACUUUCGGUUCCGUGUUCAUCAUCACGGUACCAGUCGUGCCGUGAGGGAGUUUAGUGUGCAACCCGUUGAAGCAGUAUGGAGGGUCGACAAUCCACAUCAGGAAGAAGAAGAAGCGUCCAUGACCGACAUCCGUGUGACGCUUCCACUAACGGCGGAUCGCGUCGAGAUUCGUUGGAUUGAUGUCGGCACUGCUUCUGGGGGUGAACAGCAGCAAAAGGAUGCUUCGUCGUCGGAAGAAGGGACGGCAGAAGUCGCGGAGGAGGUCCCUCAGGUGACUGCUAUCCACGAGGUUAUGCACUCGGUGGGAGAAGGCACAGUCAGGAGCUCGCACAUCUUGGAGUAUUCGUCCACCAGCGAGCUGUCGGCGUCGCCUGUGCUCUUUGCCUUGCAUGGGCCCAAUGUGCGCAUUACAUCCAUGGAAGGUCAUGCUCUCCAGAGCUGGGAAAUUGUGGAUAAAUCAGGCGCCGAUGACGACAACGUGAUGAUGGUCCGGGUGACGUGGAAGAGGUCUCACCUGGACACCAGCGCAAUCCUCUUGAUCCACACGGAAACUGAUCUGAAGGGAUCGCAGCAGGAGCAGGUUGAGCUGCCAAGAAUUGAAUGCCAGAACGUCUUGAGACAAGUGGGACAUGUCGGCGUUACCAAGGAUGCCAAUGUUGAGGUGCACGGACAUUCGACAACAGGAGGCAUUGCCCAAUGCGAGCCGACCGAAAUAUCUUCCAAACUACGCUUGAAUAUGGAUCGGCCCAUUGUGCUCAGCUACAAGUACCUGAAUCCACAGAACGCAUCCGUGGUCAUAGAUGUCCUGGUCCAUGUUGCCAUGGAGACGCUUGAAGCUGCUGUUGACCGGCUACACUACAAGGCCGUUGUAACGGAGACCCACACCGUGCACUCUCUGCUCCUGGUGCUGCAGAGCACAAAACUGCAGUACUUGGAACUCUUUGGCUUGCCCGAGAGUGCAUCCAUGUUCACUCUCCUUGUAAACUCGGUCCCAGCAAAGCCUACUGUGGGUGGUAGGGAACGCUCCAUUCUGGUACCUCUCUUGGUGGGUCUGGAUGCAGAAGCCGCCAAUGCCGGCCGUAGCCUGCAAACUUCUGUGGAGCUGACCUACAUCAGCACACACGACGAGCCGAUGAAUGGGGUGCAGAAUGGGACCCUAUCCCUUGCCCCGCCUCACAUAAAACUGCCUAUCAGUGUCGUUACAACGGAACUGAGGUUGCCCAAGCGGCAUUGGAAUUACAACUUCACCGGCGACUUUCCAGAACCAGGACGUGAAUUGGCGUUUCCACUGCCAUCGUCGUACUCGUAUCUAACACACGGGCGUGUGGUGGAGGAGGAUUACCAGUUCAGCUUCAAAGAUGAUGUCUGGCCUGAUGAUGAUGUCAAAUCGCGAGAGUCUUCAGUCAAGAUUGUAACCCCCAACACAGGCCGAUCCUUCCAUUUCCAUCGUCUCCUGGUUGUUGACACCAAGCUGGCUUUGGAUGUUGUGUUCUCGGAACCACAAAAGGAAGAACGCAAGAAAGAGGGUUGGUGGUCCCGGAUUGUUGGGUCAAGUGGUUUGGACACUCGUGCAAAGUUAGUUCAAAGAUCCCAACAAUACAGGUCGAGUGACAGUCGUCCUGUCCCUACAUAG